ACCCACAAUGGCAGCAGCAAUGGAAUCACAGAUUCGGCUGGCGCAGCAACUUCCUCCGCGGCUCCUCAACUUUUUCAAGAAAUAUCCUCCGCCACAAAUCCGAACAGCGACGACACCAUCCACCCUCACAGACAGCAGCAGCAGCAGCAGCGAUAGCCCGGCCGCAGUCACGGAAACUACAAUGACAGACUCCUCCUCGGGGCUCACAGACAAAAAAUCGCACAACCCAUUCCUCCCAUUCAAAAAUCCUCGAACCGGUCUCUGGCACGGUCCCGCCUACAGUCUCCGACGCCAAGCAGAUCUCUACAAAUUGGCCAAAGCACAUUUCGUGCUGGACUUGAUGCCUAUAGCGCCGAAACAUCCUGAAUUAAAGGCGCAGAAGAGGCUGGAGAAGGGACUGUUGGUACAAGGGACGGGCGAGGGAAAGAGAGUGAAGGGUAAACUGUGGGAGAGGCAGUUACGGUCCAAGAUGGAUGAGAGGAGGCAGGCGAUGGAGGGUAUGAAUGCGAUGGUUAAGAACUGGAAGGAGAGAGGGCACGGGAGGGGAUGGAAGAAGUGGCCGAAAUAAGGCAGGUAGUAAAGAUGCGUAGGAUCAGAUUACGAGGACAUUCGAGCAUUGCUGAGAAGGGAGCUGGAGCGGUUUAGGUGGAGCGUGUCAUGCCUUUGGUUUCUGUAGAAAGCUACUGGAAUGGUGGUCUAUGGACGGUUGUGUCGAGCUGGGACUCACGCGUCCACAUUCACCCUCGAACGCUCUAGUCUGCAGCACUCCCGCACAAGAGCAGUCAGGAAACUCUGCCUCCGGCUACGAUCGGACCCGCUCUAGAAAGCUCAACAAUGAGUGGCAGCAAACUUAUGUACAACACAUCACCAAGAGAAGUUUCACACUUCGUUUGUACAGACUGACACUUGCAAACACUAAAUUGC